AUGGAUGCCGGAAACGCGACGACUGUAAACGGGCAGCUUUCUGCACCGUUCACAGCAUUGCAGCACAGUCUCAUCGCGCAAUGCAUCGUGGCCAUCGCGGUAGUGUGCGUCUGUACUCGGAUUCUUUCCGGGCAUACCUUCAGAUCCAUCAAGUACGGAAAGGGUCGCAAUGUCUUGCCUCCAACACUUCCGUAUUGGAUACCUGGACUGAAACAUGCCUUGUCUUUUGCUUAUGAUUCGCAUGGCUUCCUAGCCAGAUGCUUGAACCAAUAUGGCGAUGGUUCGCCCUUCUAUCUAGAUGCCGCAGGCCAAAAGCUACUUGUCGUCUUAGAUCCAGAGCACGUCAGAGGCGUGCUCAAUUCUUCAUCCGAAUGUGAUCCAAACCCGUUUAUCCACGACAAGAUUAUGGGCGCUUUGAUGGGAAGCCCACAGGAAGCCAUCGACCAUUACAAGUCUGAGAAUGGCAAUACAGACUACAUUCAAACAACACACAUCCGACAGCAUACCACAGGCUCGAACCUUGGCUUACUUGCCAAACGGCUUUUCGAUGUCAUGAAACGGACCGUCACCGAAAGCUUGUCUCCAAUCCCAGAGGGUGAAUGGAAGGACAUCCCUGAUCUCUACGACUUCAUCGAAUAUCACGCAUCCUACGGCAUCGCCGAAACCCUUCUCGGCACAUCCAUCAUGUAUCCAGGAAUGAUAUCCGAUCUCUGGAUCCACAUUGAAGCCACGGAUCAAUUCUUCAUGGGCCUUCCCCGCUUCCUUAUCCCCAAAGCCUACGCCGCGCGUGAUCGCCUGCUCAACGCUAUUAGAGCUUGGACCGAGGAAUCUGAAGUGUUGCGCAAGCAAAACGCCGUAAACACUACCUGGGACCCCAUCGCAGGUUCUGGUCUUCUUCAAGAGAGAGAGGAACUAUAUAGCAAGAUGGCUGGUCACGGUGUAGAUGGUCGCUCCGCACAAACCCUCGGCCUCCUCUACGGCGGGACCAGUCUCACCGUGCCAGUAACAUUCUGGUACUUUUUCGAAACACUACGCGAUCCCUCUCUACACCAUCGCGUGUCCGAUGAGAUCAGGAACGGUGUCAAUGAAGAGACGCAAGGCUACAACUUUAUGCAACUGAGCGCGCGGCCUUUGUUGCAGUCUCUUCAUGCGGAGACGACACGAAUGUAUAGUUCCAAUCUCGCUGUAAGAGAAGUCACAGCUCCGACAUAUGUGCUCGACGAGAAAUACACUAUACCAAAAGGCACCGAGGUUUAUCUUUCUCAUAAGUACAAUGGGCAGUUCACCCCAGGGUGGAAGGCUGCAAGGCCCCAGGCUACCGCGAAACCUCUUGAUACUUUCUGGGCCGAUCGGUACUUGGUGAGCGGCAGCGGAAACGACGACAAAAGGGGAAAGUUCAGCGAUGCAGGCUUGAGUGGUAAUUGGACUUCUUUCGGGGGCGGAGAACACAAAUGUCCUGGAAGGCAUUUUGCCCGCAAUAUCGGUAUCGUGACGUUGGCAAUCUUCAUGGGUGAAUUCGAGAUUGAAGUAGUUGAUAUGGAAGGGGCACGAGCUUUGGAUCCUGGGAACAAAAAGAAGGCUUUUGGGACAAUGAGGCCUAAGCAGAAAAUUGCGGCGAGGAUUAGGAAGAGGGUAUAG